GUUUCCGAGCAGGUUGUACUGCAACGGUGCAACUGCUAGGGUGUUUCGCAGUUUGGGUCGUACGACAACGGUCCGGCACCUGAACAUGGCUCCGCUCCUUCACCACCAGCCAUUCAAGACGAUCUACCUCGUCGGAUUUCUCGGUUACCUCCUCUUCGUCAAACUUCCGUAUUGGACUGUUAAAUACUGCGUUCCUUCGCAUCGACCACGGCCUGCUUGGACGGUCAAACGAUGUAUACAGAUCGCUUUGUUACGCAACUUGACCACCAUACCGGCCAAAGUGGGCCUGAGUCUUGGGUGCGACCUUACGCUGGAGGUUCCCAAUUCGUCCCUCAAGAAUAACGCGCGGUUCGCUUGGGUCGAAGGGUUGGGUGAUGACCUGGUUGUGGGACCUAUCAAGGACGCUGCGCUGCAGACGGGAGUAAGGCCUGCUACGAGGUUGCCCGGAUAUUGGCAGUUGAAGGCAGGAACGGUAUGGCCGGGAGAUGUUGCUCUGCCAGGAGAGAAGACGGUGCUUCAUUUGCAUGGAGGAGCGUUCGCAAUUGGCUCAGCUCAUCCGUCCGACACCACUGCCAGCCUUCCCAGAGGGCUUCUGAAGCAUUCCGAGGAACUGUUGCGAGUCUUUGCGGCUGACUAUCGACUCUGUGCGCACAACGAACCAAUGAACCCAUUUCCAACUGCCGUCCUGGACUCUCUCGCUGGCUACCGUUACCUUCUUCGCAUGGGGUUUCUUCCCCAGAACAUUACCAUUGCCGGUGAUUCUGCCGGCGGAAACCUAACGCUGGCGUGCGUGCGAUACUGCGUUGAGAGCCGUCUACCUGAAUUCCCCCCUCCCGGACGUAUGCUUGUCUCUAGUCCCUGCGGAGACAUUUCCAUGUCUCGCGAUGGACCCGAUUCUUCCCUUUACAUUAACCGCGACACAGACAUUUUUAUAUCCGUCCCCGGUGAAAAAUUCGGUGUACACAUGCGCGAUUUACUUCUCGGCCCUCUCCCGGAUUCCGAGGCCGAAUCCAACCCAUACAUGUCACCGCUCUCGCCACACAUUAUCGACGCACCCGGAGCGUAUAGAGGAUACCCUAAUACUUAUGUGGUCGCGGGAGGUGCUGAACGUCUUUAUGAUGAUGCAGAGGCUUUGGUGCAGAAGUUGGAGGCGGACGGAGUGGAGGUGAUUUCUGACAUCCCGAAGGACGCGAUCCACGAUUUUAUAAUCAUGACAUGGCAUGAGCCUGAACGGACGGACGUGCUGAAACGUGUCGCUGCGUGGAUUGAUAGGUCGCCUGUAUAGGAGUCGCUCCUCACCAUAUGGAAUCUACAAGAUCAUCUGCACUGGGCGGUAGCUCAUACAUUAUUGACUUUAAUUCUGGAUUAUUACAACGCUUCAUUGACACUCGUCAGUGCGACACCUUUUGGUACCACUCAUCUCUCGAGGGUGCGCAUAAACGAGUUGUUCAGUCAAAGUUCCCCUGGUAUGCGACGUGGCUGUUUUCCACGUCGAUGACGACGGCCGAAAAGCCGUGGUUCCGUCCUCAUCAGUUGUAACGUUUAGGCCUCCCAGAAAGGUAUUAUUUGAUGGCAUCGUCUGCAAAACAAGUCACAAGGAGAAAAGAAUGACGAAGGAAGACUCGGAGGCCGUACAGUUGAGAGUGGUGACGCCACACCAAACGCCACAUAGCGUUCCAUUUCGGCCAAUCCCGGAGGCGGACAAACGACGUAGCCAAAUUUGCAGUCAGGAAGCGGCAUUUCUCGCCGC